AUGCGAGCUGUAGAGUGUAUGUUUGCGACGAAACUCCGAAGUAAUGCUGCUCGACUUCAGCAGAUUUGUGACAGCCAGUUAAAAGCCGAGUGGAUUGUUUGGCAGACUGGAAUCGAGCUCUUGAUCAAAGGCCAUUCGGUUUUCGUUCUCAAGCAGUUCUAUGCUCAGGCAGAAGUUCGUGAUUUGGACUAUACACUUUUGAACUUUCGAACGCGUGAUGAGCAGAAAAGAUGGCGCACAUUUCCGCUUGAGCAGUAUCCAGCUAUUGGCACUCGAUUCGCGCACUCUUCGGAAGGUGACUUGCUAGUGAAUCGUUUCGUGCCAUGCUCCAAAUGUGCUGCUGAAAUAACCACGGAAGUUCAACGCGCCCGUGAUGAUGCCGAUCUCGUUGCACGAAAAAGCUUUUCGGGGUUGGUUCUCCUACCGUGA